AAGAUGAGGAUCUCUGUGGCCGCUUUUGCUCUUCUCCUCAUUGCAGCCUCUUGCUCCCAAACUUUCUCUGGACCAGUUGGACCCGACCUCCCAAUCUGCUGCUUCUCCUACACACACCACAAGCUCCCACAGAAGCUGAUCUUGCGAUACUACCACACCAGCACCAGCUGCACCUUGCCAGCCAUCGUGUUCAUCACAAAGAAAGGCCGCCAAGUCUGUACCAAUCCCAGUGACACCUGGGUGCAAAGCUACCUGCAGAAUUUGAAGCAGAACUGA